CCACACUGGGCCCAGCCAGCCCUCUGGAGCCACAUGGACCAAACCUCUUUGCCUCCACCUUGAUUUCCAUGGAGGGAAGGUGGGAGAGAGUGUGGGGCUCAGAGUGUGGGCGAUGGGUGCUGCUACCCUGGCAUGCCCUGCUGCCCUCUGAAGGUCCCUCCUUCUCAGGCCUGGGUGCCAAGAGGGCGCUCCACUGGGACCUGUGCGAAUGACAAGCUUGAACUGGAUCAAAAGCAAAAGCUGGAGGAGCCACAGCUGCAGCCCUCAGAGCUCACCGUCAGACUGCCGGCCAUUCUCAACCAUUCUCCACCAAGAAGGCUGCAUUCCCUAAGCCUUUGCAGAUUUCAACCACCCCCUCCCAUGCUGCCUGCUCCCCCGCCACAUUGUGACAGAUGAAGCCACCACUGGUCAAGCGUGGGCUGCACUCAGCUGGACUGAAGCACACCUGUCUGAGGAGGGACUUGGGCCAGGGGCUGGGUUGGAGAAAUUCUAGAAAAAAAGAGCCCACAGCUGGAAGAUGCCAGAUUAUGGGAAGAGUGACUGAACUCGGCUCCAACCCCACUGGCCCCACUGCCAUCCCACUGGGCCUCCUUUCUCCAGAGCAAGACCAUCGGUAACUGAAAUCACAGAAAGCGAAAUGGCGGAUAAGCGGGGACUGCUCUGCCUCACAGGGUCAUUGGAGGGCUUAAACGGGAGAAUGCACGCAAGCACUUAGCACAGCGCCUGGAUGACAGUCAAUGUUCGAACUGAAAAGAAAAGGAACUCUGGUGGUCCUCUCAUUCCCUUGCUGUCGAUGUUAUCAUUUUCAGUGUUGAAGUGGUUGGCUAAUGCAGGACAAGAACUCGGGCAAAGGCACCACUGCCCACAGAGGUUUCUGGCCAGAAAAGUGACACCCCAAAGAUCCCGUAACACUAUGAGAUGCAAAGACUACUAAUGUUUAAGUGGAAUGAUCUCUAACCUGUAAAUUACACUCCUGUAACAAGCAAAUGAUUACAUACUGUGGAAGACUACAGAACUUGCCUACAGAUCUGGAAGCCUUACUGAAAAGACACCUUAAUGGCCUAGCAGCUCUUUUAGGCAAGGACCAAUUCAGAUGUUGAAUGAUGGAACACAAAAACCCACAGCAGACAUGGUGGCUGACGCUUGUAAUCCCAGCACUUUGCAAGGUUGAGGGAUCUUACAUAAAAAUCUGGAUUUGUGGCUUCAUUGGAAACAUCUGCAUGACCACAACUGCUGGAGCUGAGAGUCAGCUGCUUGUUCCUGAUCCCAAACCCCGUGACUCCCGGACACCUUCUGCCUCCUACCCCUUAUCUCCCUGGAUUCCCUGAGUGGCUUGCUGCUGGAGGCUGGGUGGGCUCGUGUUUUGUAGGAUUAGUUCCCUGCUGCCUCCUCAGCACCUACAACAAUGCCUGGCAUGUGGCAAGAGCACAAGAAAGAGUGAAAGCCAAUGGCAACAGGGCGACAUCGGCAGCUUUCAGGGCCCCAAUGUCUCUAAUGAUUGGCACAGGGGCGAAGACCUACUACGUGGCAUGCAGUGGGUGGGCUCCCAGCUCUUGAGCAGCUCAAGUCCAGCCUGUGCAUCCCAGGAGACCUAAGCCUGAGCUGCCGCACACAUCCCCAUCCCUGAAGACCAGAGAGCACCGUGAUGCCAGGGGUUCCUGCGCCUCCUGGAAGUGAAGAAUGUUGCUGCAGCUCCAAGCUCGUAGGGUGGUACUAGGUAUCAGGGACUUGUAGCCAUCUGGCGGUCUGCCGGUAGCCUGUAGGACUGCUUACAGACUGGGAUCAUAGGCUCCCCUGGUCCUUAGGCCUUCAGACUUGUACUGAAUGACACCACUGACUUUCCCAGGUCUCCAGCUUGCAGAUGGCAGGAAGAGGGGCUUCCCAGCCUCCACAGUCAUGCCUGCCCAAUUGCUUUAGUGAUUCCAGGUCAGAGUCUUGCAAUCAGAAGCAACUCCUACCCUCAGCCUUCAAAAUUGGCCGUCUCAAAUCUUACUAGCCAAUGGCACUCCAAGGAGAGGGAGGAGCAGUGUCCCUAUAAGCCCCUUCCAGCCUUUAUCAUCCUUUUACUUGUCCCUAAAAUAUCCUGUUCACCAAAGAUGGCAAGAGCGCCUCCUGAGAAGGAGGAGCAAGGGCGUCUCCAUGGAGCCCCGCUCUCUGAGCUCUGACUGGGGAUGGGGCAAGGAGAGAACUCUGGGUCUGACGGGGUGCCAUGUGCCAGGCAGCAGGUCCUUGUGAAGUCUCCAGAGAUGUGAGGAGUUGGUCAUAAUAGCCCAGGGAAGGAGAGGUGGACGUGGCAAAGGGGAGAGACAGGUCCCCAAAGGCUUUGCUGACAUCUUGCCAGCCUUGAUUCACCAGAGCUAUAAUGGCCUUUCCUACUAUUUCAGAAAAACCCAAAACUUUCCCCACAGAGUUCAAAAUGAGAUUGGCAAGGAGCUGAAUACCAUAUUGGUUUUCUGAGAUGAGCACAGUCAGCACGCUAGCUCCGAGUCAGAAAGGACAAGAGAGGAGGGCGAGACAAUUCUCUAAGUGAUGGGAACCUUCCCUGUCUGGGAGUUUGGCUCAGCUGUGAGCUGGGUUAAUGUGGCUGCGGAAGGGAAGCAUGGCUCAUGCCAGCCAGCAGGGACACUGUCCCAGUGCUGCGCUGAGCCCUCAUAGACUGGCUCCAUUUACCUCUCACGCAGCACCCCAUGAGCUGAAAGCAGUUCUGUGGCCAUGUUACACAUAAGGAAAUAAGAUGCAGAGCUGAUGACUUGCCCAAGAUCACACUACUGGGGAGUGGUGGAAUUAGAAUUUGAACCCAGAUUGCCGAGCCCAUAAGCCUAACCACUAAUCAAAACAGCAGCUCAACUGUAGCUGAGUCAUUAGGAAUCUCCCAGCUUAUGGCUGAGAAAGCAAGAAAAAUUAAUCUUUACCAUGCAGGGCCGGAGUCAAAGUGCACGUCAUUCAGUGCACGUUUCUUCUGAAGAAUAUUUCUUAUGGAAAUGCAUUCUGCGGGGGCACAAUGGCUCAUGCCUGUAAUCCCAGCACUUUGGGAGGCUGAGGUGGGAGGAUCACUUGAGGCCAGAAGUUUGAGACCAGCCUGGGCAAAUUAAGGAGACCUUGUCUCUACAAAAAAUUAAAAAAUUAGCCCAGCAUGGUGGCAUGUGCCUGUGGACCUAGGUACUCAGGAGGCUGAGGUGGGAGGGUCACUUGAGCCUGGGAAGUCGAGGCUGCAGUGAGCCAUGAUCGCACCACAGCACUCCAGCCUGGGUAACAGAGUGAGACCCCAUCCCCUCCCCUGACAAAAAAAGAGAUAAAUAUAUUCUAGGGAAACAUCAAUCUAUAACCAUAAUUCCUAUAGUCUCAGUAUCAUCUCUUAUUUUUUGGGGGGCUGCCUGCUCAUUGAACAGCAGAGCAUGGCAUGGGGUUUCAUCACAUCCAACAUACAACCUCCCUUCCAUCCUAACUGAUUUUCCACAGUGUUUCUCAGCACUGUCAUAGAACUACCGCUUAUGGAAUGUAUGAAUGACAUUAUUACAAGAUGUUUAAAGAGAUUUAAAAGUAUAAAACCUGAAUAAAAGCCACCACAAUCACUUGGUGUGUGCAAACAACACCCCCGUUCAGACAUCACUGACAGGACGUGUCGGGGAUUUCACCUUACCGGCUAAAGUGGCGCCACCGUGUGGCAAGAAUGUAAACGCUAUUUGCGAUGGACUUGGAUAGGCAGCUUUGAAAUUACGUGAGCCUUAGUUCUUUUUAUUUAAUUGGUAAGAGUUGCAUUAUUCCAAAGUUGUAGGCAUCAAGUCAGACUUUAUUAGUAUCACGUGUCAUAUGAUUUCUAAUUCCUAUCAUUUAAGUUGGGCCGAUAGGGACCCCUCCGUGCCGUGUGGUGAGUGCUGGGAUUUGGGCAUGUGCUGGGCAUCUGGACAUGACAGGGCCUAGAGGAGGAGGUAAAGUGUAGGGAGGUUCCCAGAGGAGGUGACCUGUGAGUCAGAUUUUGAGAGUUUUCCAAAGGAACACACAGAAGUGGACAGCAGAGAAAAGGGAGGACGAUGUUCAGGCACAGAGAGCAGAGUAGAGAAUGCCAAAACAUCGCAGAAGGACAUGAGGUAUUGGUGAAAGGUUGGGUGUUUAGCUGUUGUUUUGAUUGGUGGUUAGGCUCAUGGACUAGGGAGUAAGGCAGUCUGGGUUCACAUUCUAUUCCAUCACUUCCCAGUAGUGUGAUCUUGGGCAAGUCAUCAGCUCUGCAUCUUAUUUCCUUAUGUCUUGAGAGGGGAGUGGAGGUGGAGCUGGGGCUAGAGAGGAGAGUCAGGGCUGGGUGGAAAAUGCCAUACGUGCCAUGAGAAGGAGCCUUUCUCCUGCAGGGAUGGAGGUCACUGAAGGACAGGCAGGUCUGUGUUUAGACAGAUUACCAGUAGCAGGGUGAAUGUUGGACUAGAAGAGAGAAGAAACCACAAACAGGGGAACUAGUUAGCAGACCGUUGAAGAAGUCUCCCAUCCCUUCAUGAAUUCUACAAAUACUUACUGAAUGCCCACACUGUGCCAGCGACUGUUCUGGGCAUUAGAGAUCUAUAAGACAACAAAAUAAAGACUGCUGCCCUCUGGGAGCCUACACUCUACUAGGGGGAGACAGGCAACAAACAUAUAAAUAUUAUGAUAUAUAGUGUUUCAGAUAAUAUGAAAAGCAAUGGGAAAAAAAUAAAGCAGGGAAGGAGGAUAGAGAAUGUGGGCAGAGUUGCAAUUUUAGAUAAGAUGAUCAGCGAAGGCCCUGGUGAGAAAAGGAUUAAAAGGCCUAAAGGGAGUGAGGGAGGAAAGCAUUCCAGGUCCCAGGGAAAGCCUUCCAGGCAGAGAGAACAGUGAGGGCAGAGGCUGAGGUCAGAGCAUACCUGGUGAGAUCUUGGAAAAGCAAGGAGGCCAGUGUGGCUGGAGCAGAAUCAAGGCAGGCAAGGUGGGGGCCAGGGGCAACAUCAGAGACAUGGGGAGGGGGCAAACUGUGUAGGGUGGGGUUGGCAAAGCUUAUCUGUUAAGGGGCGGACAGUAAACAUAAUAUUUCAGACUUUGUGCACCACAUGGUCUCUCUUGCAACUGCUGAACUCUGCCCUUGUAGUGUGAAAACAGCCACAGACCAAAUGUAAAAGAAUAAACAUGGCUGUUUCAACAAAACUUUACUUACAAAAAUGGGUGAUGGGUCAGAAUGGCCUGCAAACCAUAGUUUGUCAACCCUGGUGUAGGCCAUUAGAGGCACUGAAGGUCUUAGUUUUACUUGAAUAAGAUGGAGAGCUAUCACAGGGUUUUGAGUAAAGAAGGAGCACAAUGUAACUGAUGUUGCAUUCAGAUCAUUCUGGCUGCUGUGUGAGAAUAGACUGCAUGGGAGUCCGGAGUGGAAGCAGGGAGACCAACUCUAUUAUUUAUUCUCUGAGUGACCUUGGGCAAGUCACACAGCCUCCCUGGCCUUCAGUUUCCUCUUUUGUAAAUUGGGGUAAUAGUGUAAUGAUACCUAGCUUAUGGAGCUGUUGUGAAGAGUAAAUGAAUCAAUAUAUGCAAAGCAUGUGGGAAGUGCCUGGCACACAGUAAGCACUAUAUAUGGUAGCCAUUUUUAUUAAUGCAGUCAUUUAGACAAGAUACAAUGAUGGCUUGAACCAGGCUAUGCUGGUAAAAGUAAUAAAAAGUGAUCUGAUUCUGGACAUAUUUUGAAGGUAGAGCAAACAGAAUUUUCAGAUGAUUUGUAUACAGGGUGGAGAGAAAGAGAGAAAUUAAGGAAGAUUUAAACUUUUUUGUCUGAGUAACUGAAAAAUGGAGUUGUUCUUUACCUAGAAGAGAAAAGCUGUGGGAAGAAUGAGUUUUCAGGGGAGCAUGAAGAAUUCGAUGUUAGACAGUAGGAUCUGUAAGCCUCAUUCAGAGGAGAGCUCAUUGAAAGUUAAGGAGAUGAGAAAGAACCAACAAAGAUAAUGGAAAUGAGGCAGACAGCGAGGUAGGCAGAAAACUAGAAGGACAUGGCAUCCUGGAGUUCAAGGGAGGAAGGCAUUGCAAGGAGGGAGGUGUGCAUCAAAUUUUGAUAGGUCAGGUAAGCUGAGGAUAAGAAUCACUGGGUUUAGCAACGUAGAAGACUGGAGCAGUUUUGGUGGAGUGGUGGGUACGCAAGCCUGAGGGAGCAGGUUUAACAGAGAAUGGAAACUGAGUGUUUGCACACAGCAAGUAGAAACAGCUGUUGGGGAAAACUGGCUGAAAGGGGAAGAUGGGAAAUGAGGCCAUAACUGGGGCAAGCCAUGAGGUCCAGACAGAGAUGACAAGUGAUAAUGGAGCAAUAGAUAUCAAGGGCCUUGGAAGACGGGAUGAAGACGAGUCCAAAGGCAUUUCUGAUGAAGAGGACCUGGAGACUGUCAAGGUCAGGAAUUACACAGAUAUUGUUUGCUCUGCAGACCUGAGCUGCCUCUAAAGGGUGCUGAUUACACAGCCUUCUUCAUCUCAGCCUACGUCCAGAUGGAUCACAGAAUCCUCACCACAAGGGAGCUGGCCAGCCUGGCCUGGAAGGACCAUCCAGAAACUCAACCAAGGCACCACAGACUGCCGGGGAAAGGUUCUUGCUGCUUUAAAUAACAUGUCCAGGCCGGGCACAAUGGCUCACGCCAGUAAUCCCAGCACUUUGGGAGGCCGAGGAAGGCGGAUCACCCGAGCUCAAGAGUUCAAGACCAGCCUGGCCAACAUGCAGUGAGCUUCCUGUUUUUGGAAAUGCUCAAGCCGAGAACGGAUGUUCAAGCAGAGGGGAUUCCGCUCGGAAGGGGCUUUCUGCACUGAAGUGGUGGCCAGCGGGAAACUCCAGGUUUCCAGCUCCUGCACAAAUCCUUUCUAAUAUCCAUCCACUCAGCUCCAGUUUCUGUCUUGCUCCAAAAAAGGGGAAGGAGCUGCUGCGGCGCUCGGUUUCCCGCCUCCUAGGGAAGGAAAGGGAGACCAGCAGCGCGGAGGCUGGGGCCCCCUUCCGGGCGGGGCCUAGUGGUGGGCGGGGCCUGGCGGUGGGCGGCCCCUGCCCGGAAGGAGCCAGUCCGGGGCGGAGCCGACGGCCUUACAGGGGCCGGAAGUGGCCUGCGGGCGGAGAGGUGUCCCCGGAGUCCUGACGCAGUGUCUUGGGCUCUAACGGCGGCGGCAGCCUUGUGUUUAGAUUCCAGAACUCCCCACUUGCCGCGUUCUCGCCGCCGCAGGCUCCCGGGACGAUGAUGCCCCGCCUGCUGCUGCGCGCCUGGCCUCGGGGCCCCGCGGUUGGUCCGGGAGCCCCCAGUCGGCCCCUCAGCGCCGGCUCCGGGCCCGGCCAGUACCUGCAGCGCAGCAUCGUGCCCACCAUGCACUACCAGGACAGCCUGCCCAGGCUGCCUAUUCCCAAACUUGAAGAUACCAUUAGGAGAUACCUCAGUGCACAGAAGCCUCUCUUGGAUGAUGGCCAGUUCAGGAAAACAGAACAAUUUUGCAAGAGUUUUGAAAAUGGGAUUGGAAAAGAACUGCACAAGCAGCUUGUUGCUCAGGACAAACAGAAUAAACAUACAAGCUACAUUUCGGGACCCUGGUUUGAUAUGUACCUAUCUGCUCGAGACUCCGUUGUUCUGAACUUUAAUCCAUUUAUGGCUUUCAAUCCUGACCCAAAAUCUGAGUAUAACGACCAGCUCACCCGGGCAACCAACAUGACUGUUUCUGCCAUCCGGUUUCUGAAGACACUCCGGGCUGGCCUUCUGGAGCCAGAAGUGUUCCACUUGAACCCUGCAAAAAGUGACACUGACACCUUCAAGAGACUCAUACGCUUUGUGCCUUCCUCUCUGUCCUGGUAUGGGGCCUACCUGGUCAAUGCAUAUCCCCUGGAUAUGUCCCAGUAUUUUCGGCUUUUCAACUCAACUCGUUUACCCAAACCCAGUCGGGAUGAACUCUUCACUGAUGACAAGGCCAGACACCUCCUGGUCCUAAGGAAAGGAAAUUUUUAUAUCUUUGAUGUCCUGGAUCAAGAUGGGAACAUUGUGAGCCCCUCGGAAAUCCAGGCGCAUCUGAAGUACAUUCUCUCAGACAGCAGCCCUGCCCCCGAGUUUCCUCUGACAUACCUGACCAGUGAGAACCGAGACAUCUGGGCAGAGCUCAGGCAGAAGCUGAUGAGUAGUGGCAAUGAGGAGAGCCUGAGGAAAGUGGACUCGGCAGUGUUCUGCCUCUGCCUAGAUGAAUUCCCCAUUAAAGACCUUGUCCACUUGUCCCACAAUAUGCUGCAUGGGGAUGGCACAAACCGCUGGUUUGAUAAAUCCUUUAACCUCAUUAUCGCCAAGGAUGGCUCUGCUGCCGUCCACUUUGAGCACUCUUGGGGUGAUGGUGUGGCAGUGCUCAGAUUUUUUAAUGAAGUAUUUAAAGACAGCACUCAGACCCCUGCCGUCACUCCACAGAGCCAGCCAGCUACCACUGACUCUACUGUCACUGUGCAGAAACUCAGCUUCAAGCUGACUGAUGCCUUAAAGACUGGCAUCACAGCUGCUAAGGAAAAGUUUGAUGCCACCAUGAAGACCCUCACUAUUGACUGCAUCCAGUUUCAGAGAGGAGGCAAAGAAUUCCUGAAGAAGCAAAAGCUGAGCCCUGACGCAGUUGCCCAGCUGGCAUUCCAGAUGGCCUUCCUGCGGCAGUACGGGCAGACAGUGGCCACCUACGAGUCCUGUAGCACUGCUGCAUUCAAGCACGGCCGCACUGAGACCAUCCGCCCGGCCUCCAUCUAUACAAAGAGGUGCUCUGAGGCCUUUGUCAGGGAGCCCUCCAGGCACAGUGCUGGUGAGCUUCAGCAGAUGAUGGUUGAGUGCUCCAAGUACCAUGGCCAGCUGACCAAAGAAGCAGCAAUGGGCCAGGGCUUUGACCGACACUUGUUUGCUCUGCGGCACCUGGCAGCAGCCAAAGGGAUCAUCUUGCCUGAGCUCUACCUGGACCCUGCAUAUGGGCAGAUAAACCACAAUGUCCUGUCCACGAGCACGCUGAGCAGCCCAGCAGUGAACCUUGGGGGCUUUGCCCCCGUGGUCUCUGAUGGCUUUGGUGUUGGGUAUGCUGUUCAUGACAACUGGAUAGGCUGCAAUGUCUCUUCCUACCCAGGCCGCAAUGCCCGGGAGUUUCUCCAAUGUGUGGAGAAGGCCUUAGAAGACAUGUUUGAUGCCUUAGAAGGCAAAUCCAUCAAAAGUUAACUUCUGGGCAGAUGAAAAGCUACCAUCACUUCCUCUUCAUGAAAACUGGGAGGCCGGGCAUGGUGGCUCAUGCCUGUAAUCCCAGCACUUUGGGAGGCUGAGGCGGGUGGAUCACUUGAGGUCAGGAGUUUGAGACCAACCUGGCCAACAUGGUGAAACCUCGUCUCUACUAAAAAUACAAAAAUUAGCUGGGUGUGGUGGCAUGUGCCUGUUAUCCCAGCUACUUGGGAGGUUGAAGCAGAAUUGCUUGAACCCAGGAGGUGGAGGUUGCAGUGAGCUGAGAUCGCACCACUGCACUCUGGCCUGGGCAACAGAGUGAGACUCUGUCUCAAAAAAAAAAACAAACAAAAAAAAAAACGGGCCUGUGUAGCCAGUGGGUGCUAUUCUGUGAAACUAAUCAUAAGCGGGCUGCCUAGGCAGCCAGCUACAGGCUUGAGCUUUAAACUCAUGGUUUUAAAGCUAAACAUGUAAUUUCCGUGUGGGACUAGAUCACAACUGAAGAUAACAAGAGAUUUCAGUUUUAAGGGCAUUUAAUCAGGAGGAAAGGUUUGGAAAACUAACUCAGGUGUAUUUAUUGUUUAAGCAGAAAUAAAGUUUAAUUUUUGCUUGAA